AAUCGUUCUAUUAAUUCUCUUCCGAUGUUAAUGUGGAAAACAACCGGUAUUGAUUGUUACACUUUCAGUUCAAUUCUAAAAUCGAAACGAUGAAGUGUUCAAACACGUUGAUAUCGAUCGUUGCUUAUCUGGCUAUAAAUUUAACGCAACAAAGUGAAAGUGCUAAAAUUCUAGCUAUUUUUCCUUUCCCCGGACCAUCUCAAUAUAUUUUGGUGAAACCCUAUCUGAAAACUUUAGCAGCUCGCGGUCAUGAGUUGACGGUGCUGAAUGCUUUUCCUUCCAAGGAUAAUGGAAAUAAUUAUCGAGAUAUACCUAUUAUGGAGGCACAUGAAAUACAAAAAUAUUAUAUGCAGGGUGCAGUGAUAAAGCGAAACGUAUGGUCUGAUCUAACAUUUACUGCAGAAUUUUUCUACAACGUCACCAGAUCGGUGCUGAGAUGUCCAGAAGUACAAGAACUUCUCAAGAAUGAGUCAUUCGAUUUGGCCAUAAUCGAAGCCAUUAACGCCGAAGCUUGGUACAGCUUUGGACCACACUUUGGUAUGCCAAUUAUAGGAGUUUCGAGUUUUGGUAGCGACCUGAUUAUUAAUGAUCUGAUGGGUAAUCCUGCACCGUUCGCCUAUACGCCCUCAAUGGGUUCGGCAUUUACCGAGGAAAUGACCUACUGGGAACGUCUGCAAAAUGUUGUGAUACAAUUACUGCAACUCUUGCAUUAUUAUUGGAUACACUUGCCACGGCAGGAGGAACUAAAGGAGUACUAUAUGCCUCAUAUUAAGCAGCACGUUAGCAGUUUGCGAAAAAAUAUUUCAUUAUUUUUAUUGAAUCAACAUUUUUCUCUCUCUUUUGCCCGGCCCAAUGUGCCGAACAUGAUCGAAGUGGGAGGUUUUCAAAUUCCCAGCGAACCGAAUCCCCUGCCUAAAGAUAUAAGAGCUAUUAUUGACAACUCAGAGCAGGAUAUAAUAUAUUUCUCCAUGGGUUCAAAUGUGAAAAGCAAAGAUUUCCCCCCAAAGACCCUGCAGAUUUUCAAUGAAGUUUUUGCCCAACUACCCUAUACAGUGCUUUGGAAAUAUGAAAAUCCCCAGUUACCUGGAAAACCGUCGAAUGUCUUCAUCAAUCCAUGGUAUCCGCAAGCAGACAUCUUAGCCGAGAAGAAAGUGAAGUUGUUUAUUUCCCAUGGUGGACUGUUGUCCACCUUCGAGGCAGUUCAUCACGCCAAGCCAAUGUUGGGCAUACCCAUAUUUUUCGAUCAGAAUUUAAAUGUUAACAAUGCCCAGAAACGAGGUUUUGCCAUAAAAUUGGAUAUCGCAACUCUAACACCUUCUCUAUUGAAGGAGAGUAUUUUGGAAAUGAUGAAUAAUGGCAGUUAUAGCCGAAAGAUCAAAGAGAUUUCACAGAGAUAUCAUGACAAACCCAUGAAGCCAUUAGAUUUGGCGAUAUAUUGGACCGAAUAUAUCCUGCGAUAUGGUGGUGCCCAACACAUACGCAGUCCAGCUCAGAGGAUGAAUAUUCUGCAGAGUCAUAGUAUAGAUACUAUUGGAGUUUUAUUGGGAGGAUUUUUGGCAGUUUUGAGUAUGACGAUUUGGGGAAUUGUGAAAAUUUGUAGAUUUGCAUUUAUUGGAGGAGAAAGAAAGAAAGUGAAAAAGAAUUAGGUCUUAGUUGUGAAAUAUUUAAAUGUUGUUAUGUUUUUGUUUCAUUUUUUUAAUAAUAAAAUCAUUUUAACCCUGUA